AUGCCGCAGGAAGACGGCGCGGCACAAGCAGAUGCCGACGGGAUGAAGGACAUGUCGCAGAAAAUGCCGACACUGGGAAACCGGAUCAUGGUGCUGAAAGAAGGCUGGGUCGCGCUGAUACUGAGCGGCACAAAAACCAUGGAGCUGCGCAGCCAGCCAGCAAAAACAGGACCAAUCUGGAUUGGAUUCGAAGGUCGCGUCUAUGCCCAAGCAGAAAUUUCAGACUGCAGGCAGAUGUCGCAGGAGAUCUACGAAGAAACCAGAGCACAACACCGCCACAUGGGCAGAAUGAAACAAGGCGACUCGCUGUACGGCUUGGUGCUGACGAACCUCGUCCAACUAGCGCAUCCAAUCGACUACUACCAGAAGCCCGCAACGGUGCUCUGGGAGAACUUCAGGACUGGACCGGACGAAAAGCUCCCCCACCGCAGAGCUUCAAAGCGCGCACAAGAAAUGCGGGCUUUACAAGAUGCUCGCGAGGAUGACGAAACCUCGGAAAUCGACGAGAGCCCGGGUGCAAGAACACAGAAGAAGAAGAUCGGCGGGGAAAAGACGGCGGAGACGCCACGCGGCCAAGCACGGAGCGACAAGGAGCAUCAACAAAAAGACGCCGGAAAAUCCGAGCUCCGCGUACCAGACGUCCAGCUGCAGCAAAAGUGGCGAACACCCACUGGGCAGUCCAGCGCGAAGAUGGCCAGCAAGGAGUCCAGGACACGGAGAAUGCCACGACGGACGCCGUGG